CUCUCUGUCUCUCUCAUGAUCAUCAACCAUUACAAGCAAAGAUUGUUAGUGUAUCUAUAGAAGCGAGCCAUGGAUCCAAACGGCGUCGUUCAUUUCCGGCACCGUCGAUCUCCGUCUUCCUCCUCUUCCGACCGAUUCCUCAACGUCUUCUCUCCACCAAACUCCGACACCGCCAUAACCAUCGCUGGCGACGAGCUCAACGAAGAUGAUGUCUUCUGGACCGGCCACUUCUCUGAGUCAAACCAACGGUCCAAGUCCCCCGCGACCAUCGCCGGCAACCAAAGCCAUCAUCGCAUGCCUUUCCAGCAGACGGACAACUUCGGCAUCCUCGCCGCAUUGCCUGAAGAUCACAGUACAAUGAACCGUCCGGUCAUCUAUCGAAAGCCUUUGAUUUCAUCGCCUUCCUCUGCGACAUCGCUUGUGACACCUUCGAUUUCAUCCUCAACGACGUCGUUUGACUCUUUUCCAAAGCAUUCAAUUUCUCCUUCAUUUUCCACAACGACGUCGUCCUCGCGUACAAUUCCCUCUAUUCCGAAACCUCCGCCCGAGUGUUACCAGUCCGUGCCCGGUCGAAAAUUCCAACAAUCGGCGCCGGUGAAUGUUCCGGCGAUGCCGAGGAAAGUCCCAAAAAGUGAGCUGACUAACGUGGAUGAUGACGUGGACGACGAUGAGAUGCUGCCACCGCACGAGAUCGUCGCCAGAGGAUCGGCGCAAUCCCCAAAGACAACGUUUUCGGUGCUGGAAGGCGUUGGCAGGACAUUGAAAGGCAGAGAUCUUCGUCAAGUUCGCAAUGCCGUUUGGCGCCAAACAGGUUUCCUUGACUGAAUUUUGAUCCAUUUUCGGAAUUCGACUGGGAAGUUAAAUAUUUUUGCUAGCUUUCACAGUCUUUUAUUACAUUGGAGUAAUUGAAUUCAAGCAUGUUUGUUGAAAAUGUUAUAUAAUUUUGUUGGGAUAGCAGGAUUGGUCACUUUUGUAUCGUCUCCAGUACAUUCUGGACCAUAAAUUCUUGUGAAUUAUAAGGAAAUAGUCUGUGUAUCCAGUUGAAUUUAGCAAAUGUUGUAUGGAUCUUUGUUGGGGCACUUUUUCCCGGCUAGCUUUCUUAAUUUAACUA